CCGAGAGAGGAAGGAGUGAGGGACUCCUGAUCGACGGAAUUCAUCAUAAAUGCCGUUUACCGUGGCACGGACGGCAGUUUACCGUAUUUUCGGGUCCGGAGCGGCCGCGCGUCGCACCGACGACUCGCAGCCUCGACCAAGACCACGUGAUCGGGGAGCGCGGCUCGACGAGUCCGCGCCGACACUCCACGCGCGAGGAUGAGCAUCGGUGCCGCGCCGGCGAUACUCGUCGCUCUCGCGCUCGCGCUCGCCGACGGUGCCGCGGCUCCGGGACACGCGCGACUAUACGUCAACGACGAGAAUCUACCCGCGUCCUUGAGCCUCGAGGGAAUCCCGGAGGAUGAUUCGGUUUCGUACGGCGUCCCCGACUGGAUCGACGCCCUGUCCGCGGGCCAGGACGAGGGGAAUUGCUCGGAUCGUUCGGUCAAGGAGUUUCCGGAGAUAUUCUCGUACGCGCAGCGUCGCCAGGGCGUGGUGGUGAUCCACGUGCUCUUCGGCUUCUACUGCUUCAUCCUGACGGCGUUCGUCUGCAACGACUACCUGCUGCCGGCGCUCGACAUCAUUUGCACGCGGCUCAACAUCAGCACCGACGUCGCCGGGGCGACCUUCCUCGCCACCGCGAGCUGCUUCCCCGAGCUGUUUGUCAACGUCAUCGGCACGUUUCUUACAGAGUCGGACCUCGGUGUCGGCACCGUGAUGGGCGGCGCGGUCUUCAACACCUUCGCGACACCGGCAUGCGGCGCGUUAUCGGCGUUGCACGCAAUACCGUUAGAAUGGCGAAUAUUAACUCGGGACUGCGUGAUUUACGUGAUAUCGGUCGUCGUUUUGGUGAUCGUAAUGUGGGACGGCAUAAUCAAAUUGUACGAAGCGAUCAUCCUCAUGGCACUGUUCGUCAGUUAUUUGACAAUACUAUUUUCCAGCAAGUGUAUUGUGCGUUGGCACAACAAGCUCGCGCACACUUGCAAAGCUCGCAGUACCGACAUUACCGAGGACGAAACUCCCAAAUGCAAUGGGGAAUCAAUGCCUGAUGGACUGUACAGGCCGUACUUCCACGGCGAGCUCGUAGCCGAGUACAGAAAAAGCAUCGCGAACCGAAAGCCGCCCACUAAUGGUAGUAUAGAGGCGCAGAAUCGUGUACAACAGAUAGAGGAGUACGUGGAACCAGAUACCCCAUUUGUAUGGCCGCCCGGCGGUUGCCUAGCCGAUCUCUGGUUCUGCUUCGUUUGGCCGCUGAAACUGAUACUGUACGUCACGAUACCGGACAGCAGGUACAAACGGUGGAAAAACUGGUACCUGGUAACGUUUGUCAUGUGCGUCAUAUGGAUCGCGAUAUCCUCCUACCUGACGUCGUGGAUGACGACCGUCAUUGGUGACACCAUUGGGAUCCCGGAUUCUGUUAUGGGUAUCACGUUCCAAGCCGCUGGCGGUAAUAUGCCAGAACUGGUCUCGAUCGUGAUACUUUCCAGACAAGGUAACGGAGACAUGGCCAUGAGCAACACAUUAGGCGCGAACACGCUCGAUAUUCUGCUAUGCCUCGGUCUACCGUGGAUGAUCAAGAUCCUCAUAGACCAGAAAGACAUCACGAUUGUCUCGGGUGCCCUGCGCUACAGUGUGCUCUCGAUCAUCGCGUGCGUGAUCGCCUUUUAUGCGGUCACCGCGCUCUGCAAGUACCGCUUGACCAAGAAAGUGGGUGUCAUUUGCCUGAUAUUAUACGCGAUAUUCUUGGUUUUCGCGUUGCUAUUCGAACUGAACGUUUUCUUCCCGGUGAACUUACCUAUGUGUCCUCCUUAAACUCGCCGCGGUUUCCGCCCUGUAAAUAAUAGUCGAUUUUUUCAACACGGGGAAGAUGAGAUUAAGCGAGAGCUGCUUUCGUCAGCUUUCAAGGAAGCCCUCGCGAAAAAGGAACGGAGCGAUUUACUAGAAAAUUACUGCACUGACAAAAAGAAUUGCCGAUGUUACUAAAGAUUUCGUUUAGUUAACAGUAAUAUUUCUUCAAUUCAAGUAUAUGUGUUUUUCAAUUAAACAUACAUAAUUUAUUCAAAUAUAUGUAUUUUUAAUUAACAAAUGUUUACGCGAAUUAUCAAACAUUUGUUUGACAGCCCGUGACUGCAGCAUAUAGUUGAAUCGAGAAAUAUUUAGAUUUUUUUCCCUCAGUGUGUACAUCAGUAAUGGAAUCGUUCGAAAUUACUGAUGUGGAGUAACUGCCUAGUAAUUAUUCCGUUGCUUUUCCGUAAGGGUGUGCUCGGGAGACCAACGCAAUAAUAGAAGUUCCUACAGACAUCAGAUCGGCACGUGCCCAUUGUUGUUAUUCGCAAUCAUUGUCCGCUUUUUGCGGAGUUGCGAAGUGCUUAUCAUCCAAAUAUAUAUUUACAAUAUAUAUAUGUACCCGUUUUGAUUUUUACAAUUUAUUUAUAUUUUAUUUCUAUUCGAGAGAAAAAGAAACUUUUCGAUAUCAAACUAUCGAUCAAGAUGCCGUUUUGUAUUACAAGAAAGAAAGUUUGUAAUAAAGCUGUUUUAUUAGAGAUAAGAAAA